AUGAACGGGCCUCUUCCCUCCACCCGGACAUUUCUCUCCGAUCUGCCUUCUCUGCCACUUGAAUCCAAAGUCCGCUUUCUCGGUUGCGUGAGGACAUACCACGUACAGACGGGCCACCUCGUCCUGGAACACAACUAUCCCCGUCAAAAACCACCCCAGGAACCACCCUCGGUUUCGGUUGAUAUCAACGCCGUGUUGGCGACGGUCACGUCGGAGGAGCUGCGCGUUGGCGCAUGGGUGAACGUGCUCGGGUAUGUAAGGAGAAAGGAUGCCGACUCAGGACCACUCCCCGUGUAUGUUGAAGCGGUGAUGGUUUUCCCAGCAGAGGCUGUGGCGUUGGGCGAGUAUGAGCGCAUUCUGCAGGAUUCGUUGGGGGUGGAGAGGAGAGUCCGGAGGCCAGAGUGAAAGUUCUCGGGGCUUUUUCUUUUACUGGUUACGCUCUAGUGGACCAAUAACCAGUUCAUUAUUUCUAUGUGCGAUGCGCCAGAACUAUUAACCAUUAUGAGCGAACAUUCCACAGUCAUGCAUAGAUCCAGAUC